AUGGCCUACCAACCGACUUGUCCCACGGCUGCCGUCCAACGGCCUCAGACGAGCACCGGCCCCAGUAACGACAGCCCACCGCCACCAGUCCCCUCAAAGGACAUCAACAGAAGCAAAAACAAGAUGUCCUUCUCCGAACACAAGGCCCAGCAGGUACCAGGUUCCACCAGUUCGGACUGCGAUACCGUCAAAAUACGGCCCUCGAAAGUCACUCCUAUCGGGGACAAUAAAAAUGGCAACAUCAACACAAACCAGAACCAGGACCAGGAUCAGAAUAUUAACCGGAUCAUGCGAGACAUCAAGCGACCACCUUCCGGAGACGUCACCGUCGCGACUGGGCCCAAGCAUUCAGAGCAGAAACUGUCGAGUUCAUCAUGCUCAUCCUCAAAGCAGACAUCAGUGGCGGUACUCAACAGGCAAAAGAGUACUCUCAACUUUUGGGAGAGCGCUUUUUCUGUUAACGAGGUUAGUCCGGCCAAGGAGCGGAUACGCGGUGAUGCCCUGGUUAUGGCGGAGGUUAAGACGAAUGUGAUUAUAAGCGACGAGUUCACAUUCAUAACGGAGCUUACAUAUCACCUCUCCUCCCGGUACAAGCGCCCAGUGUCCUCUAUCGUCGUCACCCUCCACCACGGCGCCUGCAUGUUAUUCGGCGGUACAUUUGACCCGGCGUAUGUGAUUUCCGUUUCGACCUUACCGAGCCAUCUGCAGUCGACCACGAAUAAGCGGAAUGCGGCGCUGAUUCAGAAGCAUAUGGAGGAGGCGAUCGGGCCAAUUUCAGACAAGCAACCACCGCCCCCGAACCAGAGCCAGCAGACCUCUGUCGUACCCAACAAACUCAAACCAAAGCUCAAACCCGUAGCCACGACAGCCAUCGUCAACGACAUGGACAACUCACACCACCAACCAGCGCAGAGGAUUCUCUUCUCCCCGUUCCCGAACGAUUGA